AGAAGCCAGAUUCUAUCUGGUCCGAGUGGGAGCCACACCGGGAAGAGAAGUCACAGCUCCAGGAAGGACAGGAGCAGGUACCCGAGGGACGAGAUGAUGAUGAUGAUCACCGACGAGGAAGAUUUUGAGGAGCUUUUCUGCCGACAGGAGAGCGAGCGAAGAACGAGGAGUGCAGGCGGGAGGUGUCAGGCCGGGCCGAGGGCAAGGUCCGAUCAGGCCGGUGGGCAGCACAGCACCUCCCACGUCUCCAGUUCUCAUAAGUGCCCCUCGCCCGGGAGGAGACUGAGAGAUCGGCCUUCGCUGGACAGUGUAAGCGCUGAAGAGGGUCAGUUGGAGCAAACCAUUGGCAGCCUGCAGCACGAUAUGUGUGUGGAGGAGAAGAAAUUCACCUUCAGGAAAGCUCAGCUCCGAGACGCUGACCGCACGCUGGCUGAGAUUCUGCAGCAGAAAAGGCACGCAGCGCAGGAGGUGCAGGCUCUGAGGGAGAGCCUGGAGAGAGGGCAGCAGGACACGAGGGCGCUGGAGUCACGUCUACGGGAGACACAGAACAAGACGGAUGAGGCCAGGACAGAACUGGUGGUGCUGGAGUUUAGACGUGACGGCUAUCGGAGGGAGCUGCAGGAUCUGGAAGAUGAGCUGAGCCCAGUGAAACGUGGCGGUGUGAGGCUGAGCAGCGGGUCAGCGAGGACGCAGAGCGAUGUCACGGCCCUCAGCCUGGAGCGCGAUGACUUGAGAGUGCGUCUGGGGCAGCUGGAGGAGAGUCUGUCCUUCCCGGAGCGCCGGGAGCAGGGAAGGCAGCUGGACAACACACAGGAGGGAUUAUACACGAAGCGGGGAAGUGCCGGACGCAGGAUCGAGGAACUGCAGGAGGCCAAGGACGAAGAGAUACUGAGGCUGAAGGAACAGAUCCGGUCUCGGGAGGAGGCUACGACGGAACUGAGUGAGAAGCUGAAACAGGAGGCGAAAGAGAUGGUUCUGGACGCUGUCGGCAGGGAGCGGCGUAAGUGGGAAACCGCUCAGCGGGAGCAGCUCCGGAGCCAGCGCUUGUCUUUGGACGAGGAGAAGAGACAGGUCCUCGGCGAGAUGAAGGAGGAGCUGGAGGGAGAGCGGAGUCGCUCGCUGGGGUUACAGAAUACGAUUGGCGACUUGCAGAAGAGAAUCCAGCAGCUGGAGGUGCAGAAUUGCUCCCUCCACCGCGAGAGGCAACAGGCUGUCAGCGACCUGAGAGCCACGCUGGAAGAAGAGAAGCAGAAGGAGAUCCGGCAGUUCAGAGAGGACAUUGAACUGGAAAAGAAGCAGGAUGUUGAGAGACUGCAAUCGCAGCUGAAGCAGGUGGAGGAGCAGCGUCAGGUGCUGCUGGGCGAGCGGAGCGAAGCAUUGAUGAAAGAGAGAGACGGCCGGACACAGGCGGAGCGGGCAGAGCGAUCAUUCGUGUCUGAGAUCAGCGCGGAGUGUGAACGGAUCAAAGGGCUGAUCCACGAUACCCAAGGGAGAGCCAUGAGCCUCCCGCUAGGGAAACUGGGGAGUCCGACAACGAUGACGUUGGGACAAGCUGUUCGCACACUGCACGGGGUCACUGAGGAACUGCACCAGCAUUCACUGGAUGUCCACCAGGAGCUGGAGAGCCAGCGACGCAUGGUGCAUCACCUGAUGAGGGAGAAGGAACGAGAGUUAAAACAACAGCAGGAGCAGCUGAGCCUGGCUAAAGAAGAGGCUGUGGCCUCCCUCAAGGACAGACUCAUCCAGGAGCACAUUAAGGAGAUCAGCGAUCUGCAGAGGUCACAGCACAAGGACUCGGGAGGCAGCCAGGAGCCCUUGCUUCGCCAGCAGCUUCGGGAGAAGGACAACGAGCUGCGAGCCAUCCAGCGGAACAUGACCAAGUGGAAGGACGAAACGGCCAGCAAGCUCGCCUGCAAGUUUGAGGAGGAACUGACCGCAGAGCUGGAGAAAUGGAAGUCCGAGUUAUUGAAACAAAGGCGACUCUCGAAGCACAGAGCUGAGCAUCAAAGGAAGAUCGAAAAGCUGGAGAAUGAAAUACGACGACUGACCCUGGAACAUGGGGAUGUGUCUCAUUUGCGAUCUGCCUCUACCCCAUCGAUGGGAUUCCCAGCCGAGUCCUCAUUCAGGCAGCAGGACUUCGGGUCACUGAAGUUGCUCCGCCAUUUACAGAGCCGAGUGAAGCAGCUCCGAGCAGAGAACGCCAUCUAUCACAGCACAAGCCUGCAGGACGUGAGCACGUUGCGACCUGAGACAGGCAGUUCAUACAGAAAAAGGAAUCAAAUAACGCCAGAAAGAUCGUUUUUGCGAUUCCCGGAGAAAUGGAGCACAAAGUGAACCUUUGUAAACCCAUUUGAAGGAGAAUGCAGAGAGAGGGAAUUUCAACAACUCUGAGCAGGAUGACAGUGAUAAUACUGUGAAGAGUUCAGACACGAUCCAUCCAUUGCAAACCAGGACCAAACUUUCUCGAAUCAAGCUAGAUAUGAGUCAGCAGCAUUGUCACACACUGGACAUCAUACAGCUGGAGCUUGAAUAUCCCUGAGCAUCAGAACGAACAGCAGCAUCAUCUCUAUUGUGAAAAAGAGCAAUGUAAUGCUGUAGUUGAAUGUUUGUAUAAAAGGGAGGGGAAAAAAGAACAAAUGUCCUUCAGUGUGUGUCUGCUUAAUGGGUCAAAUUUUGCAUUAAUUAAUUACUAAUGCAAUGCAUUUCGUGUCAAUGCCGAUAUGGCCCUUUUAAUAACCAUUUUUCUUGUUCUUCCUUCAAUAUCUGCCCAGCCCCAUGCACCCUCCAGCCAGGAGGAGACAUCGAGACAUUUUCAGCUUCAGGAAAGGGACGAGGCUGAUCCAAGCCGUUUUUUCAGUUCCAAGCUUAGCUGAGGGCUGACCAAAUAUCACUGUAAGUCAGAGGACACAGCACUAAUCUGACUUCAUUUUUUAAAAAAUAAUUUGUGGUGCAUCUUAUUUCUGGGUUCCUGCACAGAACACAUCAUUCCCUAGUAUUUGACCUGUGUGUCAGGGAACGUGUAUUGAUUCUCUUCAGGGAAUAGAAUUUAAACUUCAAUUUUCAGCAGAGCAGAGAAGUGCACAGUACCUCACUUUACAUUGGCUGCAGCAAUGUUGCAGACCUCUCACGUUCCUCACUGACGAGCAAUUUCGCCAAGACAAUUGUGAGACCCACCAUAUCCAGCAUCCCUUUCAGAGGAAAUGCUGACUACAAAAGAAACAUUUAAGCCAGAAAAG